GGUAAAAAAUCAAAACAUCGUGAAUCGUGAUAUCAUCAGUAAUGUAAGAUGCAAAGAACUACCUGAAAACUACGAUUUUUUGUUUCUUAAGAAAUCACGUGUUUGUUCAGACAUUAGUCUAGUGACAGAAUUGAAAACAAUGGAAAUAAUCGCCGCAUUUGUCUAAGACUUUCACAUUUUAUAAACAUUACGUCAUGGAUCAGGGCACAUUGCCGAAGUAUUGGAUUGCUGUUCCCUCAAAGCAACGGCCAGAUCGUGUGUAUUAUUUCAAUAAAAAAACAAAUCAGACCUCGUGGGAACGUCCAGGAGACAGUAGAAAUGAGCCCUCCGAAAAAAUGUCAAAAAUGAUGAAAAAACGACGAAAUGAAGACGACGAGGUCCCAACUGAACCCAAUACCCCAGGAAAGGAUUCACCACCCCCGAAAACUGAAAGACCAAAAUUAAAAGCACGAAGAACAUUACUAGUAAAAGCUAAUGAUCAAGAACCUUCAGUCUCCAACGAAACUCCCCAGAUGAAAGCUCUACGACAAAAGAUCUUGGAAAGACAAUCGAAGGCAAAUGUCUCAAAGAAAGGGAAGAAUACAACGGUACUUGAAUUAAAAACUCCCACGAAGAAGGCAAACGCCGAGACAAAAAUUGAAGAACACAAUCAUAAGUCCUCGAUGAACGUCACCCUUACCCCUCUAAUGAAGGAAAUCUAUGAGAAGAAGAAAGCACGUGAAGCCCUGGCGAAAACUAAAAAGUCUGAGAGAGUAGUUGAAGACCCCCCGAAAGCAGAUGAAGAUCCACCCAAAGAAGAAACUCUGAGGCGUGGAAGAUCUAGAGCUAAAUCCAUAGGUCCAGCACCAACUCCAGUAGUGACUUUAGAUGUAAACGAUUUCUCGCUCUCGCGAAAUCGUCGAAGAACAAUGUACAUUCCCUCGACGACGCAACGACAGAAAUCCGGAAGUGAUACAGAAUGUACGAUAAAACCGAGUCAGACCCUGAAGUUCUCCAAAAAAUCAAUGACACCUCAGCCUAAGAGAAAUCUUGCUAAAGAAAGAAUAGAAAAGCUGAGACGCAGUUUGGUGGUUGAAGACCCUGACGAGGACACCCCUCAUUCCAAGAAAAUGAAAAAAUCGCCAGAAAAACAAAUUCCCAAACCAUCAUUGUCGACAAUUGAAAAAAGCACUUUUCAUGAUGUUUAUAAUACUGCAGAAGCGAGGAUGCAGGCACUCAAGGAGAGACUUCAGAAAGAAGCAGAAAAAGCUAAAGAAGAAAUUCACAAUUCCUCAAAGAUUCCUCCUAGCUUUUCUUUACCUUCACGAGACUCAGAGGAUGGAAGACGAGAACCUUUGGCUCUCCAGGAAUUAUCAUUCGACGAGGAGGCAAUGGACUGGGAGCCAAUCGAAGACGACAUCAUAAUGCAGGAGAUCGAGGCAGUGAGACACGCACUGUUUAAUGAUCUUUACGACGUCCCAAUGGAAGAGCACCCAGAAAAAUGUGGUCUGGAUCUAGUUGAUGGUCAAGUUGAAUCGAAUCGUCAUGCUCUUUACAUUGUCAUCGACACGAAUGUCUUUUUAUCGAAUAUCCAGGCUGUCGAGCAGGCACGUGACACUGUCUUCAAGACUCAUGGACGUCCCAUCAUCGUCAUACCUUGGACAGUCAUUCGAGAGUUGGAUUACAUCAAGGAUGGCAAAACAAAUUCCAGACCUGAGAGUCUAAAGAGCAAAGCACGACAGGCUGUUCGAUUUAUUCACCGCCAUUUCUCUGAUAAACAUCCCAGAGUUCUGGGACAAACUGCUAGAGAUGUCAUUAAUAAUCGGGAGAUGUUCGCCAUUGAGUGCCCAGAUGAUGAAAUCCUACAGACUUGUCUACAAAUACAGAAGUCCUGUAAUACAGUCGUUUUGCUGUCCUAUGAUAAGAAUCUUUGUAACAAAGCCAUGAUUCAUGAUGUUGUAACACUUGGGAGGAAUGAUCCAUUGGAGAAAGUUGAUUAUCUCACCGCCAGUGAGUUUAGAUCAGAAUCUUUACUAUCUUCUCAUUUAAAUCAGACUGGAAAUAAUCCGAGGUCACCAACGACAACGCAGAGCAAAGAAUUGUCAGUUGCUGAAGAUAUCUUCGAGGAUAUUAAAGAUAUCGUUAAGGAUUUCCUAACAGUAGUUGUCGCAAAGGAGAUGCAGAAUUUGUAUGGAGAGAAUUGGGGAAAAUAUGUAAUUAUUCCACCGCCCUGGACUACCAUUACUGUCCUUAAAUGUGCCAUUAAACACUGGAUGGCUGCUGUCAAUGAUUCGUUUAUCAGGCGGGCUGAGCCCCUCUUAAAAGAGCUGCACGAUCUCAUAAAUAAAUACGAGAUGAAGAGGGGCCUCAGGGAUGUGGAGCAUGUGAUUGAUAUCACGUAUGACUUGAUACAGUGUCUCAUUGUCAAAAAGUAUCCAAAUUUGAUUCAGCGAAUUGAAAUUGCUGUCCAGGAACUGAGGAAAAAACAUUGCGAGGCUGUGCAGGAUAUUCGGGAGGAAAAAUUAAGAGAUAAAAUUGAGAGGGAGGGAGAUAAGGAAUUGGAGGCCAGAGCUGAACGUGUCUUCCGUCGAUUCGAUGAGAUUUAUUCUUUCGCGAGAGAUCUUUGUGGUGCAGCGUGUGAGUCAGUUGGAAUGCCUUGCAGCUUCUAUUUCAGAAAGUUGGAACCACCCCCUGAUGACGACCACAUCAGAAAUAUUCAACCCGAAAUCGCUGCAAGUUUGAAUCGGCUUCUAUUAGUUUUGAGCAGAGCUCUGGAGGAUCUACCACUUCUACACAAAGACCACAGAUCGGUUUUAGCUCUUUAUGAUUCCCUCGAGAACUUCUUGUCGGAUCACGAUCCCGAGGAGACAGAAUCAAUAUCUCCAAUGGAUGUCCAUGCUUGUUUGAAGUAUAAGGAGAAGAAUCUUAGAUUAGGUGUGCCACAGCUACAACAACUCAUCGACCACUUCUGUCGAUUGGCAACGUUUCGUUGUCGUUAACGUACUCGCGUUUCCAAAAGCUUUCUAAAUUAUUUAAAUAUUUCUCUUUUACGAAAAUCACAUAAAUUAUGAUUUACUCCAUAUGGGACACAGUCUUUUGUUGAGUAAAAAUAUUUUCCAGUGUUUAUUUAAUUUUGCUUAUUAAAGAACUGUGUGGUUCCAAGUUUGAUAUAUAUCAAGAAAGACAAAUAAAAUAUUUUCUACAGGACUUCUGGAAUUUUUCAUUAUCAUUAUUUUUAUUUUUAUAUUGAAGACAUUUGUUUUUCAUUUUUUGACCUUCUUGCCGCCUUCAAAUAUUGUACUAUCAUUCGUUGAUGGAAAAAAUCCAUUUUAUUAAAAAA